AUGGAGUCGAACACAUCUUCAACGUUGCCGCUACCAAAAGAGCCGAAAGCGUCCCUACCCCUACCGAUGCGGACAAUGCAGCCCCGGGCGUCAGAUUGCGCCGCGUGCGUAGCUGGCGAACAGGCCGAAUGCAAGCUGGAAACCACGAUGCUUGAGCUCUCUCGUGGCCGAGCGUUCGCACCAGUCCAGCGGCAGCAUAUGAUUCAGCCUGCACCUGUACGGGACCGGGAAAGACGGAACAACUCCUACGCAUGCGUGGCAGAUAGGACAGGAACGCCUCCGAAUAUACCUGCGCCUGUACAGCCUCCGACAAUGAAGUCCCAGGGACAUGUUCGGAAGACCGGAGGGGCGCAGCCACCUGGACCUGCAUCGCCACAGCUUCUGGCCGUGGACUCCCAGCAGGACCAAGAUGAGAUAACCGGAGCAGCGCUCCUUAGACAUCUCGAUGCUAUCCCACCGCUUGGUGUUGGUCGCUCUUCCAACUCAAGUGUGAGCGGAGAGAUAGUAUCCACCAAUGCUCACGAUGUAGACAAUCCUCACAGUGCUCGAGCAGCUCAGGCUGCGGCCGACCAAAUACUUGGCAGCCAGUACGUUGUCGGCCGGAUGACCGUGAAGACGAUAGAACUUGGUGGGCAGGUCCAUACAUACAGGGAUAUAGAGAAAGAAUUUUCUGGAAGCAGGACGCUACUGGUUGGUGACAGACGGCCUGUCUAUGAGCAGAGCGGAGCGAGGAGGAAACAAGGACCGGAAGCGACAGAAUGUUAA